UCGCCCGCUGGGUCCUUCAUGCAAACCGGACAUAUAGAUGGGAGUCCUUUUCCAUCUUCGCAGAGCAUGGCCUCGCCAGCUGCUUCCAAUUGGCCAGGAUCACCUAAUGUACCGAGACCAUCCCCAGCACGACCAGCCCAAAGUCCAGGACAUGCUGCAUUGCACAGUCCUCAGGCUUCGGACCACAAAACAGGAACACACAUUUCUAGAGUGCUACCGCAACGCUCCUGGGCUGGAGCAGUGCCUACCUUGCUUACCCACGAGGCUUUGGAAUUGCUUUCUUGCCCUUCGCCACACCCAUCUGGACUUCCUGGUCCAGACCUGUCUCCCCUGGAGAGAUUUUUGGGAUGCAUCUACAUGCGCAGACAGUUUCAACGAUUCAUACAAACAGACGACUGCCUAACUGCGAUAAACAGUACAGAGCCUGGGGUUGUACAGUUCAAAGUAGAGAGCUUGCAGUGUCGAGUUGGUCUGAACCCACAACAUCUACAGUCGUUGCACAUAAAAGUGCAGCCGCUUCCUGAACACAAGGACCAAUGGACCCUCGAAGAGCUACAAAUUAUAGAGAAAUUCUUUGAUACUCGAGCCGCAGCUCCUCCAUAUAAGCCAAAUACACUCUCUGGAUUUGGUAGGAUGUUGAACGUUCCGUUUAACGUUUUAAAAGAUUUUGUGCAAAUAAUGAAACUCGAGCUGGUGCCUGGGUUAGUGCAACAACAGCAACUUAAAUGGAACGUACAAUGGUGUCUUAGGAUCCCUCCUUCGGGCACACCAAUUGUGCCCACUGGCAUGGCGGCUGUGCUCGUCUGUAGAAAUAAAAUCCUUUUCUUCUUACAAAUAACCAGAAUCGGAUUGCCAUAUCAAGGAGAGACACCCUCGUUAGUUUUACCAUUAGUUUACGAUGUUAAUACCAAUGUGACGCAAUUGGCAGAGAAAAGGGAUCCUAGUCCAGCCUCAGCAAUGGCUGCAGCAUCUCUACAAUUGAAGAGGUUUGCAGAAUACGGUGCAAACCAGUCCGAAUGUUCGCUUUUCCCUGCUGUCAGAGAUUUACUAGCUAAUUUGACGCUGCCUUCGGAACCGCCUCCGGUUAUGUCUCAAGUCGUUCAGUCACCAGCCGGUGGACAAGUGACUCCGACUCAACAGAUCCAAAGUCCUGCAAUGCAAUUGCAUUCUCCUAUGGCCGGCAAUCAAGGCCCUCCUCAAGGACCCUAUGGAAUUCAGGGUAUGCCACCCAUGGGAAUAAUGGGUGGACCACCUCAAUAGGACCUACUUUACUCUCCUAGUCCCCUCUGUCUACCAAACCAGUCGUCCUGGAUCAACUAAGUCGCAUUUUUGGGGAAUUCUAGGAGAGCAGUUCUAAAAAAACGUGAAUUUCUUUCGGUAAGAGACAUUGCAAUUGUAAAAAGUAGAUUAGUCAAAAUUUGUUUAUAAAUACUUGUACACACGAUAUAACGGAAACAGCGUUCAAGGAUAAUUUUAGGAUAGAAGAACUCACUAUCCUCUAAUUAUCCAAUAUGAUUACAAACUCUGUACUUUAUUUAGCGUUAGAGAGACCACAAGAAAUUCUACAAUGUAUAUUUUUUCAGAGUACAAAUUUUGCAUUAUGUGGGUAAAAUAGAUGUUUGAAAAACUUGGCAGG